AGCGCUUCCGGUUCCGGGGUAGCGGCGGGGGCCGAGAGGCUUCGGGCCGCUGUUUGUAAACUUGUUUCCCGGGGGAGCGCACGGAGGCGACGGCGGAGCUUGGAGCCCGCAGCGGCCGAGCCAGGCUCCAGAGACGUGUCUGCAGCGAUAUCGAGGCACAGAGAUCAACCCCCUUUAUCCAGCAUCCAUCCAGAAGCAGGGCUAGGGUUGGGAUGACUCAUCUGUAAAAGCGGUGUAGUCAGUUACCUUCCCGUCUAGCUUCUCCAGCUCUCGGCAGUGCUUGGGGAAGACACCCUUAGAACACCACACACGAUUCCAGGCUCUCAGAAUCCAGAAAGAUGUCGGCAAAGUGGAGGGUACUGGACAAGACCAGCAAAAAAUGAUUAACUGAAAAAAAAAAAAAACUUUCUAAUCGUAAAAUUCUUUCCCGGGAGAGAAUUAAAGCUAAAGAAUUGUUACAAUCCGUUUGUUGAGGACAGACAGACAAGAUGGCUCAGGCGAGUCUCCUGGCCUGCGAGGGCCUCUCUGGGGUGUGCCUCGUGCCAACUGUUGCCAGCAAGAAGAUGAUGCCAAAACAGAGCUCCAAGCAGACAGAGAAUGGAGAGAGAGGGAACAGCCCGAACAUGCUGGGUCUCCGCCAGGAGAGCGAGAAAUCUCGCAGCCGUAAAGAGGAAGAGCCGGCAGAAGCAUCACAGCCAAAAAAGACCAUUAAAAAGAUGACGGUGAUUGAGCAGAAUGGCUCCUUCCAGCUGAGAAUCCCCAAGAACUUUAUUUGCGAGCACUGCUACGGAGCCUUUCGGAGCAGCUACCAUCUGAAGAGACACAUCCUCAUCCAUACUGCCCCUUCUGCUCUUCCCCAGGUGAGAAACCAUUCGAGUGUGAUCUGUGUGACAUGCGCUUCAUCCAGAAGUACCACCUGGAGCGCCACAAGCGCGUGCACAGCGGCGAAAAGCCCUACCAGUGCGAGCGCUGCAUGCAGAGCUUCUCCAGGACAGAUCGGCUGCUUAGACACAAACGAAUGUGCCAGGGCUGCCAGACCAAAACCCCCGACUCGCAGCUGCUGCUUUAGGAGCCAGGGCAAUGCGUCGGAGAAGCUAGGAAGUGGACAGGAUUUUCAGUUUUCUGUGUCUGGUUUUGCCUGCUCCUGCUCCCCCAGUCAAGGUGGGGACAGAGCUGAGGACUCUCCUAGACUCUCAGAUGGGGUCCUGACACUGUAGAUAAGAUGAGAAUGAUCUGGAAUCUCUACCCAACCAGCAGAAGCCACGGGCAGCUGUGUAUAAACCUUCUUUUCCAUUGAUUUGUUUUUGAAGUAUCACCAUUUGCCUCUCAGGAAAGGCUUCGGGGGACAACAGGGCAAAGCUAGCGACGCUCACCUCAAACUCUUAACACUUGCCAUCACCUGACCGACCAGCUCACGCCCAGGUAGAGCUCACAGGUAUGAAAUACAGCGGGGUGGAAAUCAACCAUGUUGUUCUUUUGACUCUUUUUUUAACCAGUCUCACCGGAAGAGACCAACAAAGCAGUGGAUUAUAAGAGGCAGCUGUGGAGGAUUUUGGUUCAGGCGUGAAAUGCAGGAACUUGUCUCAGCCGAGAGCUUGGUUAUGAGGUCUGCGGAGCUUUUAUUUUUAGGGUGUUCUGAUUUUGUAACCGAGUUUCUUCCUGCUCUCUCCACCUCAAGAAAUGAGCGAGGACUUUGGAGGGGAAAGGAGGAGAACGCACUGUUGGAGGGGGGAGGGUAGCGGUUGAAACUCUUGUGACAACCAGCAGCUGGUGUGAUCAGUGUCCUGUGGUGGUGUGUGAGCUGCUGCUGUAUACAUGGCCUGGAUGAACCCGCAUGGCAUUGUCUGAACAUAUCCCUUAGAAACACCCAAACCCCUCAUGACAGGCAGUGCUUCGGGGUAUACAGCCCAUGGCUGUGGGGGACGGCUUCUGCCAGAGGCUGCCCUCCUUCCUUGGCCCCAGUGUGUGUGUAUGUGAGGAUGCUUGGGGUGAUCACAUUACCACAGGUCCCUGUUCCCCCUGGAAUCAGAUCCUAGUCUGGUUCAUGGCAGCAGAGCCCAUAAUCUGGCUUUCUCAGAAAAGCUCUAGCCUCAAACGCUGCCAGGAUUGGCUUACACUUGGGAAGGCUUUCAGCUGCAUUGUAGUUCGGGAUAAGAUCCACCCCUUUGUAUCUGACCCCGUGCGCUAGCCAGGAAUGGAUCUUUGCAAUGUCUGUUGUGGAUUUGGGGGCGGAAUUUAACCCACUCUUGGAUUUCACUUUCAUUAAAUUGGUGCCUGUCCACUUGGGGGUGGACACCACUUAAAUAAACUGUGAUCUUCUCUCUGGCAACUCUCCAGUGGCCCAGGAGCAACUGCAUAGUUCAGGGGGAGCUAGAAACAGCUAAAGGGACCUGCAGGGAAAGGCAGUUAAACUUCCUCCUGGGGAAGAAACAGAAACCAUGAGCAUGAUGGAGGGGGCCAGGCUGCCCAGCCGCUCUCAGGAACCCUGAUUGUUGCAGGCCAGAAAAAACCUGUUACCAAAGCGUCGACUCUGCCUCCCAACGCAUGUUCGUGCCCUGCCUCUGAAAACUCAGGCCCAGCUAGUGUCAGCUAAAGAUCGGUCCUUUCCCUGCUGGGAACAAAUGUGUGGGGAAGGAAGAGGCUGUUCAUGUCUGCGGGUUGGCUCCCACUCCCCUGCAGUGACAGCAGUAUAUUGGCUACUUCCUGCUCAGUGCUCUGCUGGGAGCCCCACCCAGAUGUCCGUGGUUGCAUAGCCUAGGUCUCGCUAAGCUUGGUGUCUGUGCGCAGCAGCUGGUAUCGCUGCAGCUCAGGAUCUCCUGUUUCUGCCCCAAGGUGUCACUUGGUGUCCUGGUAAUUGUUCUGGGGCAAGGGGGAGCAGGGCACAGGGCACAUGGGACAGCAAGAAUCUGGACUCGGCUUUCUGAGCAUCGGUGACACUGGAGCAAAGCGCCCUUGGGAAAUGACCCAAAUGCUCUUUAAAAUGUCAUUGGUUCUGUCACUUAGUUCAAAUCAUGUGGCCCCCCCAUUGCCCUCCAUGUAGCUAGCUACAUACCGAAAUAAAAUCCUUUCUGUAGCAGCCUCUCCCAGCAGCAGAGCGCACUCUGCAGCGCUGCAGCCUGGCCUUGUCCGGCGAAGGUAGAUACUGCCCAAGUUUAUCUUAGGCCAGCGGGGAUGCUGCUAAUGUUAGAAGUUGACCUUCUGUCUCUUUAUCUCACUGCACCAUUCCUUUGGGUCUUCAGGUCCCUUCAGACUCCCUUCCCCCACGGGUGCUCCUCCUUAUCCUCUUUUCUUCUCCCCCCCCCCCCCCAAAAGAGAGAUAGGAAUGUGUUUCUAUCUUGGAUAUCCCCCCCGCCCCUUCAGUCAUAUAUCUCUGUAAGACACUCUGCCAGGGGAAACUUGUAACGCAUCCUGCUGCCAGAUUCUGCUCUGCUUUCCCCCGGCUCUCAAAGAUGGGACUGAAAGCCAGUUUCCAAAGAGAACAGAGUUCUGUAUCUCUUCCACAGACCCCGCACAGGACAGGGCAACCUGGCUUGGCCUGACGCAUCCUUGGUUUGUUCUUCUGUAGAAUUUCGCCAGCAGCGUGCUCCCUGCACCUGCAUGCUGGAUACACCAGUAUGAAUGCUGUAUUUGAGUGAGGCCCUUCAUCCAAAUCUCUCCCCGGCGGAAUACCACAUCUGUAUGUGCACUGCGGUCUCCUUUGGGGAACGGCUAAAGUGGAACCUGGUAGCCUGAGUUGUCUUUCCCAGGUGUCAAACACUACCCUUCCUGCUGAAUCCAUCUGGCGCUGUGAGUUCAGGGCACCUGAGCGCCUUAAACCCUGAAGUCUCAGUGGUCCAACUUCCUGCUUGCAUCUAACAUGCUUUGUUGUCGUAGAGAGUUGGAAGAGCUUAAAUGGACAUCCUCCAUCUCUUGGCCGGCCCACGCCAUCAGACAAACGCAGGCGCUUCUUGUAACCACACAGGAUGGAAGAGCGGACUGUUAGUUAUGAUGUUAUGUGCUGCCUGUUAGAGGCCAAGGCUCCUCUUUGAGACCGUUUCAGAAUGGUUUAUUUUCGGUGCCAUUUGUGUGAUUCUCUGCCAGGUCCCCGCAGCCUCGGCUUAGAAUUGUUCCUUUUCAAUCUCCCUACCCGAGAAAAUCACACUCUUGUUGUACGUCUGGCACUUCUGGGUGUUGUCUGGAAUCAAAGCAUAGGCUGCUGGCGCCUGUGAGGUCUGUUAGACUGCGGCAUAGUCUCGUCAAGGAAGUGCUAAAAGCCCUGUUGAUUCUGUCACUCAGAAUCACACUAGGCAAAGUGUCUGGCUCUGUUGUGGGGAGCAGUGGGAUGGGUGACUGGCUAGCUUCUCAGCUGGGAGUUCCACAUUGCCAGCACCUGGGUUGGCAUAGCAGGGAAGGAGACGUUUAGGACGCUUCCACCACAGGCUCAUGGCCUAAGCUGUCCUGGACAGGAGAGGAGACGGCUAUUUGAACGGUGCUGGGCCUUGCAACCUGGCAGUGGGGCGCAAGGUCGAGGGAGUGUUGUAUGGAAGCAGCUUCCAGGCAAACCACUGGAGAUUACCAUUCUAGCUCGUCCAGUCGGAUCAAAGCCAAUUGAGAAGGAGAGACGAGUCACUUUUGCACGAGUCUUUCCUUUCUCUCUCUCUUUCACCAAUGAUGGAAUUUAAAGGAACUCUCAACUUUUCCGGCCCCUCAGAGAAGCUAAGACUCUUUCCACCUUUUUACCCUCUUUAUUUAGUAAAAGGCGAUUCCCAGCCACCCAAACCCCCAUGUUGUGGUGAAGGGAGCUGAAACCAGCAGUGACAUGCAGCUUUACCUAGCCCCUUAUCGUGUCAAAACAUCAGCAUCACUGAUCAUCAGCACAGCUGUGGGACUAGUAUCUGGCUCCUGCGGAGAGUUGGCCUGGCGUUCUGUUGGGCCCCCAGAAAUCCUGGCUUUUUAAAAGCUAACUCGUUGCCUGUGUCUGACAUCUGUAGAACUGGUUUUCAUGGGUGGGGUCAACACUGAACGCCUGGAGGUGGCUUCCCUGUUAACGUGAAGUAUCUUGGCCUGGAGAAUGUCACCAGAAAAGCCUUUAAUCCUAGAUUUAAGAUUCUCUUCCGAACAGGCGUGAUCUGCUGUUCAGCCCUGGCUCCUUGUGCUCUGUGGCAAUAACGGCUGAAAUGGGAUGUCCUGUUGUGUGUUUGGUGUCAUUAUUCUCCUGUCCCUACCCAACGAGUAAGGCAAUCGAUAGGAAGUCAGAAGGUCGUGGGUUCUAGUCCCAGUUCUGACACAGACCUUGGGCAAAGGACUGCUCAGUGUCUGUGUUCUCCCUGUGCUAAUUGUACUGACUCACUUUUGCAGAGAGAAGUAUGAAGUUUUACUCUUGGAACACGAAUCUUCUGACGGUGGAUCUUGGUGUGUUGGCUGUGACGUGAACAUUGGUUGGGCGCCUGUUACAGUCUGGCAGUACUUCUGCCCAGCACAAGGGGGCAGUACAAGCUAUCCUGUAGGACUACUGGCAAAAGGGUGUUGGCAAACGGUUAGUUCACUUAAACGAGAUGCUGGUUUAGAGGACAGAGUAACUCACUCUUGGUUUUGAACUUUCAUAGUGGAUGGAACACUUGUGGUCUGGGGCAGAGACCCCUAAAUGAUGGGUGGGAACCUUGCUGCUCAGAACGUCUGAGGGCCUGAAGCUGCCUGCAUUCAGCAUUGCAGAGUUUUGGGGGUGGGGUGGCUGGGGGUUUUCUCAAAAGCUGUUUUUUGACCUGCAGAGCUACUGGCGUCACUGCUGCAGCUACAGAUAGUCCGUUUCUUUGAGUAGCUGAUGCAUGCAAACUGUGUGCUAUAGAAAGGGUUCAUCUGUCUAGCUGAUGCUGCGGGUUGCCAGUGCACUGUAGAAACUGCAGCUGUUUAGAAGCCUGAAGAUCAAAUUGUUUGCAGCUGGGGCUGCCUUUUUCUAAACCGUCUCAGCAGAGGUAUUUCAAUUCCCAGUAAAAAGUACAGGUCUGGGGCUAAGAGGCUUAUUGGGUUCACAUACAGCUCGUGCUCUGCAAACCCCCUCAGCUGACGCAUGGAAAGUGUUUUCAAUUUUAUAUCCAUAAAUUGGUGACUUAUGAUGAUUUGAACAUUUGUUUUUUUAUUUUUAAAUCCCCUUAAAAGUAACCUGUCAUGACAUUUCAAAGUGAAUUAAGAUAAAUUGAAUUAAGACCACUUUCGUUCUGAAUAAGAGCAUUCACACAGGGAUUUAAUGCAGUUUAACUAAUUCACUAUAAAUCAGACCUUUAAUUAGGAUUAAUUUUCCUUAGUGUCCCCAAGCUAUACCCGAGGAUAAAGAGUAAUAUUGACAGAGAUGUUUCGUGACUAUGAGUUUAUUCUUCCCAGCUGCUUUGCAGCCGAAAUAGCAUGAGAAAAGUGGGGGCAGCGAAGCUGACAAGGAACACAACUGAAACUGACUCAAAACAAAAGUUUCCCUGUCUGAGCUGAGUGCAAAAGGGCAGCCUGGCUAGCACCGGCGCUCCAAAAUAAAUCUGCCGAAAAUGUGUCAGUUCUAGUAACACGCACAAGACGAUGUUUAAAAUUGGCUGUUAACUUACUGUAGCAAAGAGGCGUAUCAGCACCUCCUCUGUGCUGGGGAGAGCAAG